AUGAGGCGCUGCGGAAACGCCGAAAACUUCAAAAAGACCCAAGCAAAACGCAAGAUCAACGCACCCAAACAGCUACCCCGAAAUCGUCCCCGCCGACUGACUGAUCCUCCUCUCCACCCGCCGCGGUCAUGGAAAGACGUUCUGCUCCGACACGUCCCGCAGCGGACUUUUGAUCAAUCCGCCUCCCUCCUCUUUGCACGUCUACCCAUCGAGGUCCGCCGACUCAUCUGGACCAAUGUGCUCGGGGGGAACUUACUACAUGUCGCUCGUGCCCCCAAAAGACUCAUUGCCAUCGAGUGUGUGGGAACCGCUGAUCCUAAACGUGCAACACGAGAGCACAACUGCUGGGGCUGGACAAGUGAUUCCAUGAUCCACAGCCAAACACCUGGCUUCUAUAUAGGCCCCUUCGACGACUCGCCCGCCAAACCAGCCAACUUACUUCCCUUACUCCAAAGCUGCCGAAAGGCGUACAUGGAGAGCAUCUCUAUCCUCUAUCAAGACAACGUCUUUGACCUCAACCACAUCGACACGCUCUUCUAUCUGCAGCGGUCUGUUCGGCCCCAGCGCUUGGCCCAAAUUCACUCGCUCAAUCUAAGCUGGAACUUCACUUAUGGUAUAGCUAUCUCCCCGGUUCCCUACAACCUCGCGACGUGGGCGGAAGCGUGCGGUGUCUUGGCCAGUCUGCCCGAGUUACAGACGCUGAGGGUGCGGCUGACGGGCGGCGAUGUCUGGCCUGGCGAAGAUACGAAAAAUCGGUGGGGACCGUUGCUAGAGGCAAUGAAGGAGAUUAAGUCGGUGAGGGAAUUUGAAGUGUAUCUGCCUUGGUCGGUUGCGGAAUGUGAGAGCGCGGCUAGAAGUGUUAUGUAUCCAUUCAAGUUAAUGUCGACAGAAGAGUAG